UAUUGCCGAGCUCAGUCUCUACUCGACCCGCUAUUGGAGCGAGUGCCUAAAGCGUUGCACAGGGACAACACGUAUCCACUACUGUCGAAGUCGGAUGUGAAUUUAUUUUGUGUUCCAGUGUAUAACAUGGUGACAGUGUAUUUUUUUAAAUAGUUGGAAAAAACAGUGACAAUUUUCAAGAGAAACGAAGACAGCCGAUCUCUCGCGCUCCGAACUUCGUCCGGCGGCGAGAUGUCGGUGAUGCAGAAGAGGCAGCAUUGCUACCUUUGCGACUUGCCCCGCAUGCCGUGGGCAAUGUUGCAUGAGUUUUCAGAAGCAGUGUGUCGCGGUUGUGUUAAUUAUGAAGGAGCAGACCGGAUCGAGGUCGUGCUUGACACAGCCAGACAACUGAAGAGAGCUCACGGUUUUCAAGAAGGACGAGGGCCAACACAUGCUAAAGCAGCACACAGAGCGCCUCUGGAAGCUCAUCAAAAUGGAGGUGAAUCGACACCUAGAGGUCAGCCUGCUCCUCCGGCUCACCAUGCGCCUGCAACAGGCUUCACCCUACAUCAUGCGCGGCCAACAGCAAAUGCUGGUCUUUUGGCGGAAUAUGGCGGUCGUCGCGAAGAGCAUGAAACCAGGCGGUUGACACACCUACCGACACAUCAUUUGCCAACUCAUGGUGGUGCCAGAAUUGCUCCAGGUUUACCUCUGAAGCGAGCUUUGGAUGACGAUGAUCACCAAAAUCACCACGAGCCAGCAAAAAGGUUGCUUGAAGAGCACCCUCGGCCACCACUGACUCGCGGGGAAUCGCUCCCAGCGGUGUCACUGGCUGCUCCUUUCGCUCCAGAUCGGGUGUUCAAACAAGAAAAACAUCCACUACGCACGCCGUCUUUUGACGCAUCUUCUUUCAAAUCUAGUGGUUAUGGAAGUAGCACACCUCUAAGCAAUGGAUCAGCUGGAUCUCCUCUGGGUCGCGCGGCUGGAUCUCCCCCUGUAUCGGGGGCUGGUGCUGGACCAUCGCCAAUGGCUGCACUCAUGUCAGUCGCUGAUACGCUACCCCCUGGUUCUCCUCGUUCAGCUGGAGGCUCUCCGCCGCAACCCCCGCCGCAGCGAUCAGCUAGUCGUUCAAGUCAACACUCGCCCAACUCCUCAGGGUCGAACGGCGGGCGGCGGUCGUCGGGUUCCCGGCAUGUGUCGUCGACCACAUCGGUGUCAUCAUCCGAGGCCCCUGAAGGUGACGCUACGGCACCGACACCAGCUCCGCUGCUAAAGUGCACGCUGUGCCAGGAGCGUCUAGAAGACACCCACUUCGUCCAGUGCCCAAGCCAGCCACAUCAUAAAUUCUGCUUCCCCUGCUCCCGGGAUUCCAUCAAGCGACAGCAAGGAUCAGAGGUAUACUGUCCAAGUGGAGAGAAAUGUCCAUUGGCCAAUUCCACAGUGCCAUGGGCGUUCAUGCAGGGUGAGAUUGCGACGAUCCUCGGGGAAGAGUUCAAGCCGAAGAAAGAGCGGGAAACCUAGGGCAACGCAGUGCCAACUCGACUCUACCUCUUGUCCCUCUCAUUGUGAGCGAAUGCUGCAAAGAGAGUGCGGUGCGCACGAAGGCCGCGGUGCUCCGGACACGGUGUCCGCGGCGGGCGGACCGGAUCUGGUCUGCCAACUCGUACCGAUCACUUGUAUAUAAAACUGUAAAUAGUCAACUUUAAGUUUAGUCACCUAGGGCUGUCGAUGUUUUGGAAGACGCGACGCGACUGUCGCGAGGAUGAGACCUGUUUAGAGUGUCGGAUCCAUUGUGGACCGAUUUUGUAGAAUUCGAAUUUUGAUUCGACGUUCUGAAUGGAGUACAUAUCCUUUUUUGAGGGUUUUUCGACUAUUUUUUGUCUAGAUGUUGAUGCAUCGUCUACGGUUGAUCGACGUCGGGAGUUACAGCUACUUGUCGAGGAUGGUACGCUGCUUUAUAAGCGGAAUUUCUUCGGAUGCCAUUUUCUUAGUUACCUUUAGGUCCCGAACCAUAGUGAACUCGGCAUUUAUUUAUGUGAUUCUUAUAUACUAUACAAGUAUUAUACGAUUUACGAUCAUGACAUGUUAUAAUAUUGUAGUAGAACGUACUGAUUGUAAAAACAUAGUUCGAAUAUCGGAAGCUCAUUGCUUCCUAUUGUUGUACAGAUCUAGCUCGAUGUAUAUUUGUAUUUAUGACAUACAACGCAUGCGAAAUAGUGUUAUUUUAUUACGAAGCGAUUUGUUCAGAGUGGCUCGAGUUCCGUUAUUGUCUUGCAUUCGAUAACAUCGUCGUGCACGUUUGUACGAUCACUUUGUCUAUUCACACGUUGAUCUUCUUUAUUUUUAAUUGGGAAUCAUUCAAAAUUCUAUUUCAGACUCGGUUUUGCGGAGUCUGUAUUUGAGUUGAUUAUUUUGUAAGGAUAAGUUAAUGCAUUAGCUCCGAAGAGUGGUCGUUCGUGAUUCGCGGCGUUCAGCGUUGUUGUGAGCGGCGCGAAUCGCGGGCGCCGGCGCUGGUAGGCUACAGUAUUAGCGAAAUCGUUUGUGGGGGCGCAACUAGUCAUUUUGUGAAAUGUCAAAUUGUCAGAACCGCGCAACGCGGCCAUUAUAGGAACUCUUAAAACUCGCUGCUAUAUUUGUAUAAAGUGAAGUAAUUAUCAUUAUAUAAUUAUCGUUAUAUAUGUCAUAAUGUAAACAGAUGGUAGUGAGCGUCAAUUUCGUAAGCUAUCAGGAGACGCCGGACCUGAUCUUGGUUUGCAAAUACUGGCUUCCUCUUUCGCUUUACAUUGUCGGUUUCUCUCAGGAACCUUUACCUUAGGCUCGCUUGAAGGUAGUCGCGGUAGUCAUUCGCGUCGUGCAUGUGCUAUUGUUUGUUACAGCAAAACUUAAACAUAAUAAUUCGACUUUUCUUUGUUUAGCCCUAUAUCUGUAAGUCGAGACGUUAUGUCUUUAAACAGUGCAUAUUAGUACAUUCAAUUAAAUUGACAUGUCCAUUAUUUAUUUUAGGUAUAUAUUUGUGUACAUAUACAUACGUACGUUGUAUAUACUUUGUCUACUUGUAAAUAUUUAGAUAGCGUGGAACAGCCAACUUUUUAUUAGAUCUUCAUCCAGUAUUAGCGGGUCUCCCGGCGUUAGCUAGUUGUUUACAUACCUUUUUAAAUUUUUAUUUAUUUCCGCUCAUUUUAUCAAUGUAAUCCGUGUAACAGUCUACUAAACAUUUCUAAGAUUAACAAUACUUUUAAUGAUAAUAAUGGAAUUUAUUCUACUUCAUGGGUGCUGUCUCUCCCAUUGAUUUUAUGUAUCAUAUUAAUAUAUUUAUUAUUUGACCUGCGAUGUGCAGGUUUGAUGUAAAUUGUAUCGUUGUGAUAAUACUUUAACAGAAUUUUUAUUAUCUUUUGUGAACUGACGUUACUGAUAGAUUCGAAAUUGAUCGUUAGUAUUAUCUCGGCGACGCAACGCCGAUUCGGUCGACGCGUGUCGACAGAUGUACAUUGUAAGCAAGCACAAAAUGUGCAUUUUACUUUUGUACUGCGUGUGUGUUAAUGUGCAGCAUUGCAACUGUGUUUCAUGAACGUCUGUCAGUGCUGUAGUGUUCGGCUUUCGAUCAUUUCGUUUGAUUGCGGGAGUCAGUAUCGAAAACGAGACACUGUCGCAAUGAUAAGACUUAGUAUGCAGGAGUGCCCCGGGGCUCUAUUCUUGGCCCACUGUCAAAUCGAUCAUUUAACAUUUUUAGCCAUGCUGCAAUUUAACACACCGCAAUGUUUUACUCCGCCUCUACCAUAGGCUUCAUUGUAGUUGUCGAUGGAGAUCGACGAAAAAUAAACUUUAUUAUUUGUGAAUCGUCUCUUCUACUGUAAGCAGCAGUGAAAUGCUUCGUUUAAGACGUUGAUGUACAUGUUGGUGAAAUACAAUUGAUGUGAUUUUGUAAA